AUGCAGCCUCCCAGCACCGUCAAAGAUUUGCAACGACUGACUGGUCGACUGGCUGCCCUCAGUCGCUUCUUAAGUAAGGCGGCGGAUAAAACUAUACCAUUCUUCGAGGCGAUGAAAAAGAAGGAAGGUUUCGCCUGGACGACCGAGUGCCAGCAAUCGUUCGAGGAACUAAAGCAGUACCUUUCCACACCUUCGGUGUUGUCCACCCCACGGGAGGGUGAGCCUUUGUUUUUGUACUUGGCCGCCUCCCCCAAGGCGGUGAGUUCGGUACUGGUUCGGGAAGAGGAGCGUGCCCAGCACCCGGUCUACUACCCGCUGGGGAGCGUACUGCGAAACCCAGCGUCAUCAGGACGAUUCGUAAAAUGGGUCGUGGAGUUAACCCAGUACGGGAUCGAGUAUCAGCCGCGACCAUCCAUAAAAGGGCAAGCCUUGGCCGAUUUCCUGGUCGAAUGCACGGCAGGGGAAGAAGAGAAAGAGCACACCAUGGAAGACCGUUCAGGCGAGUGGUGGGAAAUGCACGCGGACGGAGCGGCGAGUCGACAAAACUGUGGAGGCAGAAUCAUGCUGGUCACUCCAGAGGGGUUCCGACUCUACUACGCCCUGAGCUAUUUAUUCCCGACGUCUAAUAACGAAGCCGAGUAUGAGGCUGUGUUAGGCGGCCUUCGACUCGCCAAGGCUUUGGGAGUAGAACGAUUGCGGAUCAAAACUGAUUCCCGGCUAGUGGUAGGACAGAUUUCCGGCACCUGCGAGGCUAAGAACGUCCGGAUGACCCAGUAUAAAGAGAAGGCGAUAGAAAUGCUAAAAGAAUUUGGAACGUACGAAAUAGAGCAUAUCUCCCGGAUAGACUACAUCGAGGCCGACAUAUUAUCGAAAAUCGCCUUAGAAGGGAUACCGGAUCACCUCGCCAAGAUUUGCCAAAAGGAAGAGUUAAGUCGUCCGAGUAUAGAGGAAACACCAUUGGAGGUCCAACAGGUAAAUGUCGAGAAAUGGGAUCGAGAGAAAAACCCCGAGAUGUUUUGGAUAGAAGACAUCCGGCGGUUUAAGGAAACAGGCGAAUUGCCAGAGGAUCCAGGAGUCGCCGCAAGGAUUCGACGAAAAGCCCCUUCAUUCCAGAUCAUUGGCGGACAGAUGUACAAGCGCUCGUUCGGGGGGCCCCUCUUGAAAUGCCUACUCCAGCCCGAAGCCGAGAGGAUAAUGGAUGAGGCGCAUCGAGGGAUUUGCGCCGCUCAUCAGGGGGCCCACACGCUCGCCCGAAAGCUAGUCGUCCAGUGA